AUGGCGGGAGCCCGUGGGUCAGGGGUAUCGGCUGGGGGAUGGCGCGUCCUGGUGCUCAUCCUCGCCGCGAUCCUCGCGCCCCGUGGCGCGAGCGGCGGCGUCCACCUCGUGGCACCGGGCGUCGCCGACGUCGCGGGCUCCAACCGCGGGGUCGUCAUCCACGGCUCCAACUUUUUCCAACACAGAGACACCGCGUGCAGGUUCGGGGGCGCCAAGGUUCCUGGGGAGGUGCUAGACAACGGGCGGUUCGCGUGCGUUCCGCCCCCCGCGCCGCACGGCGCGGGUUUCGUUUACGUAGAGGUUAGCAUGAACGGCCAGGACUUUCAGGGCGGGAGGGACACGCUGGUCUUCGAGUACGUCGUCCCCGGUCGGAUUGCGUCCAUCCGACCGACGGGUGCCGACGCGGGGGGCGGAGUCGUGACGCACGCCACCGCCGACGCGCCCCACGGCGGCGGCGGCGGGUUCGUACCCGCAUCGGCGUGUACCUGGUUCGCGACGGACGCGCGCGGGAACGUGACGUCCCGACAGGUUUUGGGUUGGACACAAUCGAGAUUCGUAUCCACCGCGCUCGUGACGUGCGAGACGCCGCCGUUGGACGCGGGGUUGCACCGCGUCGCCGUCGCCAGGCACGACGCCGCGUUCGACGACACACACGAUUCGUCGGGUUCGUCCGAUGCGUCGAGGGCGUUCGUGGCGUGGCGAGCGAUCGAGGGCGAUGGAUUGAGAUGGAACGGGACGUCGGGGGCGUGGCGCGGGGGCGCGGUUGUGGCGGCGCGAUGGAUGGACGGGUCGAGCGGCGGAUCGGGUUUCGGUUUCGGUUUCGGUUUCGGAUCGCGCCACGUGGCAUGCCGAUUCGGGACGACGUCGGUCGCCGCGGCGGUGGACCCCGGCGCGGGUGCACGGGACGACGACGGCGGCGAACGACGCGGCGCCUCGAGGGGCGACGCGACGAUCGCGACGGCGACGUGCGUGUCUCCGGCGGGGACGCCCGGGUCUGUACGUCCGCUUCGUCUGGCGCCGGGGCCGGGGCUAGGGGGCACAUCGUACGGGACGGCGUCGCACGCGUACGCCAGCGUGGUGGUGGACGACGCGGGUGGUGGCGCGAGUGGCGGCGUCCAUAGCCCGGAUAUGUUGGGGUCAUUCGGGGUUCAUUCCGGGGUUGGAUUCGGAUCGGCGCAUUCGGCGUCGCCGCGAGGCGCGUCGACCGCCGGGUCGCAUCGGUUCGUCGCCUUUGUCGGCGCGAACUUUGACCCGCUUCGGUCGCGGUGCGUCGUGGGUGCGGGGCAAGGGCGCGCGACGGACGCGUUGGCGCACGUCGUGUCCUCGGCGUUGAUGCUGUGCGAGCUUCCGCCGCGCGCGCCGGGCUCCGGGGCAAUCGCGGCGGGGACGGAUGCGCUCGAGCAAUCGUCGACGGAGCAUUCGCCGGCUGUGAUGUACGCCGUCGAGGGAACCGUGUCGGGUCUCGCGCUCGAGCACGCGGACGGGAUCGUUUGGACCGAUGCGAGCCCGCCGGUGGGUUCCACGCGCGGCGGCGACGUGGUUCGCGUCCGGGGUUCCGGCUUUGUCGACGGCGACGGCUCUGUAGCGGGCGUCAGGUUCGGGACGAUCGCGCCCGUCCGAGCCGGGUGGAUAUCGCGCGACACCGUGCGGACGAUCGCGCCGGCGGGUGCGCCCGGGAGGACGGUGCGCGUCGCGCUGGACUCGUUCGCGUCGCACCCUUCGCCGACGUCCGCUUUGUUCGCCUACGCAAACCCCGGCGGUUUGAGCGAGUGCGUGUCGAGCCCGUCGAUUGUGCCGGUGACUGGCGAGGUUCGGAUCGAGCUCGCGAGUUGGGGCGGGUCCCUGUUCGGUUCGAUUCACGCGUCGAGGUGCGCCGUGGGGGACGCGGAGCCGAGGCUCGGUUGCGUCGCGCCCGCCGCCAAGCCCGGCUUUGCCGCGGUGUGGGUCCGAGGCUACGACCCCGACGGCGGGGGCCGCCCGCCGGUGGUGAACGUCGUCGCGAGGCCGCACGUCGCCUCGCUGUCGCCCCGGACGGGAUUCGACGCGGGUGGAUUUUUGGUGAGCGCGCGCGGCGGCGAUUUCGUCGAGACUUUCGGUUCAAAUGGCGACGCAGGGUUGGAGUGCGUCUUUGGCUCGGUUGGCGUGGAGGCGCGUUUCGUGUCCACGGCGUUGGUCUUGUGCGAGGCUCCUCCCGCCGCGUCCACCGGCGCGGUCACCGUCGAGAUCGCCGCCGGUCGCGGCGUCGCGGCGAGCCAGUCGGAGAUGAUCAUGACGUACUCGUCGGCGAUGCGGGUCGAUCGCGUGGCGCCGGCGAGGGGCCCGACGGAGGGGGGCAACGUCGUCACGGUGUACGGCGCGAACUUUGUGGCGAUCGAGCCGACGGCGUGCAAGAUUGGGACGAUCGGGCCGUUGGACGCGAGGGACAACGACGCGCCCUCGACGGCACCCUCGACGGCACCCUCGACGGCACCCUCGACGGCACCCUCGACGGCACCCUCGACGCGCACCACCGGGCUGGAGUGCGUGGCUCCCGCGGCGGAGCUCGGCGCGUACCUCGUGAGCGCUGGCAUUCGAACCGCGGGGUACACGGGCGACGACGUGCGUUACGAGUACGAAAACGCCAAGCACGUCGCCGCGAUCGUCCCCAGUUCCGGUUCCUCGCGCGUCGCGACCCCUGUGUCGCUGUACGGCGCGACGAUUCGCGUCGGUUCGUCUUCCAACGAUUGCGUCGUCGGGACGGUUCGCGUCCCGGGCGUCGUCGUCUUCGCCGGGGAGGUUCGAUGCGAGUUACCCGCGGGGACGUUCGCAGGGUUCGUCGCCGUGGGCGUCGGCGGGCUUCGCGCCGAGUCCCUCGACGUCGUCGUCUACGAGUUUAAGACCCCGGCGCGGGCGAUCGGGACGUACCCUCGGUCCGGUUACGUCGACGGCGGUUCCGUUACGUUCGUGACGUCGAGACACGCGAUCGGGGUUAACGUAGGGUGCGCCGUCGGUGAAUACGCCGGGCACGCCGCGCCGGUGUCGUCCGCGCUCGUCGCGUGCGAGACGCCCGGUGGGGACGUCAGCGGCGAGCUCGGCGUGACGCUCCUGGACGGCCCGCACCUGGGCGACGCCGAGGCUGCGUACGGGUACAGAGCCGAGGAGAUUGUUCGGGGCGUCGAGCCCGAGGCGGCGACGGCGGCGGGGGGCGUCGCCGUGCUCGUCGCGACGGGCUCUUUAAACCCGGGGUAUUCCCUGUCGCUGGCGUGCGCCUUCGGGACGAUCGCGCCCGUGCGGAGCGUCGCGUCGGGCGGCGGCGGCAUCGAGGGCGGAUCCGUGACGUACGUGUUUGGCGGCGACUUUGACUUUGACGAUAUUACCACGUCGUGCGUGUUUGCCUCGCGAGCGGGUGGUUUCGACGUCCUCCCCGCGUCCGCGGUGGGAGUCGUCGCGGACGUCGUCAGCGGCGCGCUCAUCCGCUGCGAGACCCCCGCGCUCGUCGACGGCGCCGCCGCGCCGAUGUUUGGGUACGGCGGCGGCGACGCGAGCCUCCACGUCCAGCACCGGGGCGGGCUCGCGAUGUCCCCCGCGGCGGCGGCGUGGUCGGCGGCGCCCACGCCCUGGAUCAAGGAGACGUCCCCCGCGGGCGGGUCGGCGUCCGGCGGUACAGUCCUCCGCGUCACCGCGGCGGGGGCGGUGGAGUCAAUCCAGUCGCGGGGGCGGGGAGUAUCAUCGCGAGUGCACCAGUCGCAAAACACAGCUGGCGGCGCGGCGGCGGCUUGCGCGUUUGGAUCCGUCGGCCCCGUCGCGACGCGCACAGCUGGCGGCGCGUUUACCGACGUGGAGUGCGUGGUUCCCGCCGGCCGGGGCGCGGUGGACGUUCGGAUCUUCUCGCGCAGGUCCGUCUGCCUUCCCCGGUCGCCGAGGGCGGCGGCGAACGGCGGUGUCGGCGCCUUUGCCUACGCGACGGAGGGUCGCGUCUACGACGCUCUCCCCGUAUUCGGCGGUGGUUUUGGGCGAACCGAGUCGACGGCGGCGGUUUUGGGCGUGGGCCUGACUUUGCCCCGCGGCGCCGCCGUCGCGUGCCUCGUCGACGGGGAUGCGACCAGGGCGCUCGUUGCGACGUCAUCGUCGGUGGCGUGCGACGUCCCGCCCGGUCCGAGCGGCUUUGUCGUCGUCUCCGUCUCGGACGCGGUCGGGUCGGAUCAAACGUUCGAUCGAUCGCAACCGCCGAGGACGUACGCCGCGUCGCCCUCCGCCGUCGACGCGGGCGGCGGCGGCGUGCUGUCCCUCGCGGGCGUCGACAUGCACCGCGCCGUGGGCUUCACCUUUGGCGGCGAGGCUGACGGGGCGAUAGUCUCCUCGGCGCUCGGCGUCGUCGUCUCCUCGGCGCUCGCCGUCGUCGAGGCGCCCGGCGCCGAAAAAGUGGUGCACCGACCAGCCGACGCCGUCGUCGCCGUCGCCGUCGGGGCGACGCGCGGGGGACCGAUCGGGUACGACGCGGCGGGCCCGGCGCCUCCGUCGUCCGCGUCCGUGUGGCUGACCCCCCCACGCGCGAUCGAGCGCGUGUCCCCCGCGAGCGGCCCCGCGGGGGGCGGCCAGGCGGUUUCCUUCUCGCUCUUUCCGAAGCUCGCGGGUGGCGUGGGAUCCGACGGCGAGCCCGGCGGCGGCGCGGCGUCCGCGGAGUGCUGGUUCGGCACGUUCGGGCCCGUGCGGGGACGGGACGACGGGGCCGGGGGCAUCGAGUGCGUCACCGUCGCGCACGUGCCCGGCGCGGUCGAGACGCACGCGGCGGCGAGGCCGGAUGCGCGCGCCGGCGGCUACGCUCGCCGCUCCCCGGCGAUUGGCGGUUUGGGUCCCGAAAUUUCGGAAAAUUUCGAAAAAGCGGACAUUCCCAACGGAAAUUCGUACUCGUUUUUCGCGUCUCGGUUCGACCGCGACGGGCUGUCCGCGACGACGCUGCGGUCCGUCUCGGUCGUCUCGCGCGCGGGACGUCUCGAGCUCGCGGUUCCGUUCGACUACGACGGCGGCGUGUCCCUCGACGGCGUCGCGGGCCGGUUGGCGAUUGAAAAGUCGCCCAAAAAGUCGCCGUUUGGCGUCGCGACGGUGAAAAUUCCACCCUUUUCGAACCGCGGCGGUUUCUUCGCCCUGUCGCUCGCGGCGGGUGGGGCGGGCGACGCGUCGAAACCGUUCGGCCAGGUUCGCGUCGUCCCCGCGCCGGAGCUCGGAUCCGCGAACCCGUCGCUGCAGCCCAAGGAUGGCGGCGGCGUGCUCUGGAUCGUCGGGUCCAACCUCCUCGCCGUCCGCGGCGGCGAAUCGGAGCUCGUCGUCGUCGUCUCGUCGUCGUCGUCGUCGAUCGAUUCCGUCUCCUCCGCGGUCACCGCGCACGUCGUCUCCUCGGCGAUCGCCGCGCUCGAAUCGCCCUCGAUGCCGUCGGGCGCGGCGUCGCUGACGCCGUCCGCGGCGGACGUCACCGUGCCCGAGUCUGCCGUCGCCGCGGCGUACCUGACCCGCGCCACCGUCGUGGAAGCCGAACCGUCGUUUACGUUUUCGUCGGGCGGGCUAGCGGGCGGCGCGCCGGUUCGCGUCUCGGGCUCCGGGUUCAGGGAUACCGGGCUCGCGGCGUGCGCCUUUGGCACCGUCGCCCCAGUCGCCGCGACGGUGUCGUCCUCUGGGGAGAUGACCUGCGCGCCGCCGUCGCUGACGCCCGGUCGCUCGCACGUCGUCGGCGUCUCGUUCAACCGACGCGAUUUCUUCCGAGGCGACCCGAACCCGGGGGGGAACAACGACGUCGCGGCGCUCGUCGUCGCCGCCCCGCCCGUCGCGCUCGCGGCGGUGAUACCCUCGGCGGUUUCUGAGCCGACCGCCGCGGGCGCCUCCGUCGACGUCGUCGGCGCGGGUUUCGUUCUGACGGAUUCGUCGUCGUUCGUCUCGCCGUGCGGAGGCUUCGGGACGGCAAAAGUAAUCGCGUCGGGGUCCACGCGGGGCAUCGCGCGAUGCCCUCCCGGCGCGCUCGUCGCCGCGGGCGCGUCCGUCGCCUCGCAGGGGUUCAUCGCCGUCGCCGUCGCCGACGGAGGAUCGGGCGGCGCCUGGCACUACUCGAGGGACUCGCUCGCCGUGCUCGUGUACGCCGCGCCGGUCGCCGACUCGGUCGCGCCCGACGUCGCCUCCGCCGCGGGUGGAUCCGUCGCCGUCGUCGCCGGUCGCAACCUGCGACGCGGCGACGUCUUCGGCGCGGGGCCCGGUUCCGACGCGGACAAAGACGGCGGACACAUUUUCUUUGGCGACGUCGCCGUGCCGAUGCACGCCGUCUCGUCCGCCGUGGCGCUGUGCGAGACGCCCCCCGCGAGCGGCGCCGUCUCGAGGGAGGUUUUCGUCGUCGCCGGCGCGGCGGAUCCGAGCGCGGGCGCGACGUCCCUCGUCGGCUCGGGCGCCGCCGCCCCGACGCACUCGGUCCGCCCCGAGAUGGUUGUUCGGUCGGUUGACCCGCGCCGCGCGCCAGUCACCGGCGGGUCCGUCGCGACGAUCCGGGGCGAACACCUCGGCGUCCCCGGGGCGCUCGGCCCGAUUUGGUGCAAGGCGGGAACCGUCGGGCCCGUCGCCGGUCGUCGCGCCGUUCCGGUGAAUGAGACCACGGGCGACGCGGACGCCGGCGCGUCCAACGCCCCGGCGUCGAUGGAGGUUCGCUGCGUGCUCCCCGCGGCACUCCGGCUCGGGGUUGUCGGGGUGACCGUCUCGGACAAUCGCCGAGACUUUUCGCACACGCCGUCGGCGACGAGAAUCACCCGAACGCCGCGUCCGGCGCUGGACCCGACGUGGACCUUCGAGUACGUCCAGCCCGCGGUGCUGGAGCACGCGAUGCCCCCGGCGGCUAUUCCCGGCGCCGGCGGCGUCUUUGGGCCGUCAAACGGAAUGCUCGCGACGUUCGCCCCGCCGAUUCCGUCGCCCGCGAUCGGCGGCUCCCUCGCCUCGCGAUCGGGCGCCGUCGUCGGGUGCCAGUUCGGGUCGGUCGCCGCGCGCGGGGCCCGCGGUGGUCUCCUCGCGUCGGGCGUCGGCUGGAUCGAGUGCGGGGUUUCUUCGUCGGACCCCUUUGCGGAGGGUCUCCUCCCCGUGUUCGCCGCCGGGUGGGACUCGGCGUAUUCGGGGGUCCAACCCCCGGGCCGAACGCCCGUGCAGUUUGAGUUUAUCCAGCCGCCGCAGAUGUUCGCGUGGCAGCCGCAGCUCGCGCACGUCGGCGGCGGCGCCGUCGUCCGCGUCGUGGGCAUGGAUCUUCGCGUGCACGACCUUUCGCUCGUCUGCGUCUUCGCCACGGGUCCCCGGGUCGGCGGCGACGUCAGCGGCUUUGCCCCCGCGGUUCCCGCCGCCGUCGCCGUGUCCACCGCCGUCGCCGCGUGCGAAUGCCCGGGCGAUUUACCCGAAGGCGUCGCCGCGCUCUCCGUGGGCACCGCCGGGUCGACGCCGACGCCGGGGGGCGGCGCGGCGGCGCCCCUCUCCGUCGUCGCUCGCCCCUCCGUCGUCCACGUCUCCCCAACCGCCGGCUCCGUCGGCGGCGGCGCCGCGCUCACCCUUCACGGCGAGCGCCUGCGACGGGCGUCCGGCACCGACGACCUCGCCGCGCGCGUCGGGACGUUCGCGCCCGUCGCCGUUCGACCGGGCGCGGCGACUGGGUCGGUGGAGGUUGUCACCCCGGCUCGCGUCGCGGGAUUGGCCGACGUCGGCACGGGUCGAUCGGCUUCCGAUUACGCGUCCAUCCUGGGUGGGGCGUUUUCGUACCGGGAACCCUUCGCGGUUUCCUCGGCGUCGCCCACCGCGGUGGCCGCCGCGGGUGGCGCGAGGGUGACGCUGUUCGGGCGCACCGGCUUUUUGCCCGAGGAUGGCGAGUGGGGCGGGCGGCUGGGGCUCGUCGUGACGCGGUCCAACCAAGCCGCCGUCGUGGCUCCCCCGAGGCCCGGGGGUGGGUUUUACGUCCUGACCGUCCCGGACGCGUGGGAGGUGUCAACGAACGGGGUCGGUCGCUCGAGCGCGGUCCUGGCGCGGCUGCCGCAGCUGGAGCACCGCGCGGCGGCGUCGGUGGCGUCGGUGAGCCCCCGCGCGGCUGCGCCCGGCGGCGGCGGGUCCCUCCUCGACGUCGUCGGCGCAAACUUUCACCGAGAGUACGUCUCGGUUCGACUCGGGGAGUUUUCGUCAGCCGCGCCGGGUAUGCCCACGGCGCAGGUGGUGUCCUCGGUGUUGCUCCGCGUCGAGGCGUGCGGGGACCACCACCACGACACGCGAGCCCCGGCGGAGGUUGCCUCCGCCGCCGACGCCGCCGCCGACGACGCCGCGUGGUCCUCUGACGGCGUCCUCGUCGCCUUUCACCGCCACCCGUCGACGCUGGGCGCUGCCCCAUCCACCGGCGGGGAGGGCGGCGGGACUUUGGUGCGGGUCACGGGAUCGGACUUUCGGGACGCGGGCGCCAAGCUGCUGUGCGCGUUUGGCUCGGUCGUCGUGUCCGCGGCUGGUUACGUGUCCACAAACCGCGUGGAUUGCGUGUCGCCGGCUCGCGCGCCCGACGUGAUCGCUCUCCACGCGCCGCUCGCGGUGUCGGUGAACGGGAGGGAUUUCUCGAGCCCCGCGACGGACGAUGGCGGGUUUCCCGUGACGUUCUCGUACGGGGCGAGGGUGGAGGUGUACGGGCUGGCUCCCGACCACGGGCCCAGCCUCGGCGGCACGCUCGUGACGGUGCGCGGCGCCAACUUUGUACCCGACGCGUGGGAGCCCGGGCGGGAGUUUGCGUUUUCGUGCAGGUUCGGCGCCAAGGUGGCGCCCGCGAUGGGGGGAUCGGGCGCGCUGACGGCGUCGUCGGCGUCGUGCAGGAGCCCGCCGCACGCGGCUGGUUUCGUCGCCGUGGAGGUUAGCGCGGGUGGCGGCAACUUUUCGUCGUUUGGCGUCGUCUUUGAGUAUCAGGCGUCGGCGGCGGCGGAGGUUCUGUUCCCCCCCGUCGGCCUCGCGUCGGGCGGCACGCUCGUCACCGUCGUCGGGUCAAACUUCAUCGCAUCGCAGCAGCACGCCGGGUACGGCCACGGGAUGGUCGCCCAGCCCGGCUCCGGCUCUGGCUCCGGAUCUGGCGACGCGCUGUCGUGUCGGUUCGGGGGGGUCUACGUCUCGGGGGCGUCCGCGGUUUCAUCCUCGGUGCUUCGAUGCGAGACUCCCACGUUCGCGGACGCGACGAUCGAUCGCGCGCUGGCGGUGGACGCGUCGAACAACGGCGGCGUCGAUUUCGCGCAGAGCUCGACGUACUUUGAGCCGCUGGGCGAGGCGCUGGUGUCGGCGCUGGAGCCGAGGGCCGGUACCGUCGGCGGCGGCACGGUGGUGAGCGUGUACGGCGUGGGGUUCACCGCGGAUGAGCCGGUUUGGUGCAGGUUCGGGACGACGGGGCCGAUACCCGCGGCGUUUCUUCGCGACGGCGUCGUUCGGUGCAAGAGCCCGGCGAAGGCGACGCACAGGCACGGCGUGCCCCUGGAGGUUUCGCGAGGGAACACGUUCGACGUGACGAGGAACAACGUCAUCUUUGAUAUUUGAUACAGGUACAAAGGUAGACUAGAUGAACUCUUUACGUAGCGCACUGCUGUCCACUCCAAGACUCGCCAGUAGGGCACCAGGGGUGUUAUUCUCGAUUUAGAAGCCGUAGUCUGUGUAGGGGGGGGUGAGACUCUUGCGACGAUGUGGAAUAAAUAUAUAAAUCGAGUCUGCUAUUUACGAGGC